CGAUCUAAGCAGGCUUACAGGAAGUGCUGGACCGGAAGUUUAUCUUUCCGCAACCCUUGUCUGGAAAGAUGGCGUGUAUACGGAGCCACGUGUGGGUCGGUACCGAGACUGGGAUAUUGAAAGGGAUAAAUCUGGUGAAGAAGCAAGCAGCUAAUUGUACAGAUGUGUCAUCCCUCAACCGUGAGCAAGAAAUAAGUGUUAUGUGCUGGGGUGAUACUCAGGAAUCUGAGGUACUCAUUGGGUGCAGAGAUGGAAUUGUCAAGGUGUACAGUGUUGAAAAAUCUAAAUUUACAGAAUGUCAUGAUUUCAGAGGAGGGGAAGGGUCAUUCUGUGGUCUAGGGGUCCUAAACAAUGCUAUUAUAACUUGUGUGGAGUCUGGACUUCUCAAAGUUUGGAGGGAAGGAGCCUCUGAGAAUCUGGAAGUUCAGGUUGGUGCUGGAGUUCAGAAGAUGUGCCAAUGUGACACUCAACGUGUUAAAGUGGGGACUGGUGGAAAAGAGAAUGACUUAAAAAUAUGGGAUCUGCAGAGACCAGAGGAGCCAAUCUUCAGGGCUAAGAAUGUGAGAAAUGAUUGGUUGGACUUGCGAGUACCAAUCUGGAUCAGAGAUCUGGAAUUCAUACCAGAAACAGACAAGAUUGUCAGCUGCACAAGUUACCGCCAGGUUAGAAUCUAUGACCCCAACAGUUCUCAGAGGAGACCAGUUUUUGAGGUACUGUAUGGAGAAGAGCCUUUGACUGCGCUGAGCAUCACUUCAGAUGGCAGGUCUGUUUUGGUUGGAAAUUCUCAUGGUAACAUUGGAGUGAUCGACCUGCGGAAAGGUCGCCUCCUUCACUCUCUGAAAGGGUGUGCAGGCUCCAUACGCUCCAUCCAGUGUCACAAGUCAAUGUCCCUAGUGGCCUCUUGUGGUUUAGACAGGUUCCUGCGGAUUCAUCACAUAAAUGAGAAGGAACUUUUGCACAAGGUUUAUCUGAAGUCAAGGUUAAACUGCCUGCUGCUGACGUCAUGUGACAAGUGGGAGGAAGAAGAUGUUAGUCCAAUCGUAAAUGAAAUGAAAGAAGAGACUGAUGAGGUCUGGGAUGCCAUGGAGACUGUGGUGGAGAAAAUUUACAACAAAAGGCAACUUGUAACAAGUGAAACUAAUGGACAGUGUAGUCCAACAGUAUUGGUGUCUAAAAAGAAGAAAAAGAAGAUUGGUGAUUGAUUUGUGCUACCUUCUAUAUUAGUACAUGUGCAAGUGAAUGCCCAGCAUGAGGACAAAGCAAAGUUUUCUCCACGUAGCUGAGGGACAUUGUGAAAACCUUAACCAUUUUGGACCCUCUACAUUGGAACAUCAACAAUCUAUUUACCCAGACAUGAUCUGGGGGGGGUUAUGUACAAUGAACAGCCUGCAGAAGUAACUUCGAUAUUACAUUGUGUGCAAAAGAUGGGGUUCCAUGUUUUGUUAUAAACUCAGACACAUGGUUCAGCUUAUCGCAUAAAACAGUAGAUCAUUAUAGUAGCUAUAUAAUAAAUGGAUCCAAUUAA